CCGAGGCAGGGCCCGGCGCCGACUUCUGGGCAGUGCGCUCUCCGGAGUUAGCGACAGAGCUCACUCCCGCGGCUCCGCGCUGCGGGACCCAGGUAUCUGGUCCUCCUCGGAGUCCGGCCCGGACCCCGCCUCCGCGAAGGAGCACAAGGCGGAGGCCUGGAGACUGGCCCGGGGGAGGAAGGCGGGCGCGCGUGGGCGUGGGGGGCGCAGCGAUGUCCACCGGCUCGGUGAGCGACCCGGAGGACAUGGAGUUGCGAGGGCUGCAGCGAGGGUACCCGGUCCCCGCCUCCAAGAGGCCGCCCCUCCGCAGUGCAGAGCGCGGCUACCUCUCUCCCAGUGACAACUCGUCGGCGGAGGAGGAAGACCCCGAAGGCGAGGAGGAGCCGUGCGCGCUGGGCGCGGCGGGCAGCGCCGGAGGCUGCAAGAGAAAGCGGCCCCGGGCAGCGGGGAGCGGCGGUGGCAAGAAGCCCCUCCCGCCCAAGGGCUCGGCCGCCGAGUGCAAGCAGUCGCAGCGGAACGCGGCCAACGCCCGAGAGCGCGCCCGGAUGCGCGUGCUGAGCAAAGCCUUCUCCAGGCUCAAAACCAGCCUGCCCUGGGUGCCCCCCGACACCAAGCUCUCCAAGCUGGACACGCUCCGUCUGGCUUCCAGCUACAUCGCGCACCUGCGGCAGCUGCUGCAAGAGGACCGCUACGAGAACGGCUACGUGCACCCGGUGAACCUGACGUGGCCGUUUGUGGUCUCGGGACGACCCGACUCUGACACCAAAGAAGUUUCAGCUGCCAGCAGACUCUGUGGGACCACCGCUUAGGUCGAACUUGAACGCCAUGGAUUACUGGUCAAGCGCCUGCGUUUGGGGGCCACGGAGAGAAGGGAGACUACGCGAGAACCCCCAGAGAAUGUGGGGAAAGUUCCACUGGAUUCUCCUAGACACCCCCCACUCAGAAUUUUGAACACAAGUGACGGGCGUGGGGGGCAGAGCCCUAGGGUCGGCGGCGUUGCUGUCAUCGCGGGGCGCCUAAGGCAACGGCUGCAGCGGGGACCUCUCCAGGAAGCGCUUGCUCCGUCUCAGAUCCGACCUCCGGCUCCAGCAGUGUAGACCUCACGCUGCCUUCAGAGCCCAGCGCCGAAACCCUGGGGUCAGCUUUCGAGCUGAGCCAUAUAUAUAUAUUUAUAUAUGCAUUACACGUGAUGGCACUCUCGGCACAGCCCGGCCUUUCCCGUUAGGCUGGUUAGGACGCUCUCUCCGCGACAAUCGGCUUCAAAGACAGGAAUCUUCACGUGAGACCCACAUGGGGCAGGUUUUUAAGUUGCAAAGAGAGGAGAGUGAAUUCCUGGGUGGGCUUAGUAUCCCACAGGGCGGCGCCCUCCAGGCGGACAGACUGGUGGGUGCUCUCUCUCUGUCCCAGAAGCGGGAGCAGUCUGAGACCACCUGAGCCUUUUGCCCCCAGUGCUCCCCGCAGUUAGGCCUCCGUGCUGCGGGCAGACCCCUCACUCCUGUGGGCUCCCUACCCUUCCUGACCAGGCUUAGGUCUAUCCUGUCCCCUCCUAGGGGUGAGCCACCCCCUCCUGACCUCUCCAGGCUCCGUGUCCUUCAGUCUUUCCUCUACCCCCUCCUCCCACACCUCCUUGCAGACUCCCCUUCCACUCCUGACUGUCCCUACCUGUCCCCCACCCCCUACCCUGCUCCCCCAGCAAGGGUCGCCCCUCCUGCACCACCACCUCCCUGGCCCACUUUCUUCCUCCCUCCUGGCACUGAGCCUGUUCGGUACCUAAUGACCCUGCUCAGGGGGAACAAACCGCUGCUGGAGACUGCACUACCACAGUUAAUUAGCAAAUGUAAAUACGUUUAUUUUUUUAUGAAUAAUA